AGUGGAGCAUUUCUCAGCGGGAUAUUUUAACCACUACCUUAAUUAAGCGACAAGGGGACGUCAGGAUGAGCGCUACUGAUAGGGAUAACCACAUGAAAUCAAAUCCAGUUUAAAACAAAAAGCACCGACGCUAAGGGAAACGGCCCCUUGAAGCGAAAACAAGGCGCCGCUGUCUGAAUUUAACAUGACUAAUUCAGUUUGAGCUCAUCUGGGGAUUUACGAGCGGCAAGCUCGAGUUCCUUCCACGCUGAGUGAUGUGUGGAGCUGAAUGAGACCCAAGCCGUGCUGCCGGAGCGGGCGUCAGCGUGUGGUACUCCCGCCUGUAUCCCCCCCUUCACACCCCCCCUCCCCGCCGGGCCGGUGUGCCCUCCUCUUCCCUCCCCCGUUUACGAGUCAUGAUGGCGGAACUGUAAGGCUUCGGGACGAGCUGGAGUGCGCCGCCCGUCCUCGUUGAGCAAGUGUACAUAGUAAUUUAUUUAUUCGGGCAAAUUUUUUACACUCCACCCCCCCACUCCCGCCAUGACCCGCUGGAUCCCCACUAAGAAGGAGAAGUACGGCGUCGCAAUCUACAAUUAUGAUCCCAAAGGCGAGCAGGAGCUGCGUCUGCAGGUGGGGGACACGGUGCACAUACUUGAAAAGUUGGAAGGCUGGUAUAGGGGCUACACUCUUAGAAAGAAAACACAGAAGGGCAUUUUCCCGGCUUCCUACAUCCACUUAAAAGAGGCCACCGUCGAGGGAAUAGGCCAACAGGAAAUGAUUAUUCCAGCAGAUUUACCCUUGGUGCAGGAGAUAGGGGCUACCCUCAGGGAAUGGGUGCAGAUAUGGCAAAAACUCUAUGUGGCAAACAAGACAACCCUGUUCAGGGGUGUGCAGCAGAUGGCCUACAGCCUCAUGGAAUAUCGAUCUCAGAUAGUAUCAGGAACGCUGCCCAAGGAUGACCUUGUGGAGCUCAGGAAGAAAGUCACAGCAAAGAUUGAUUAUGGAAACCGGAUUCUGGGGUUGGACCUGGUGGUUCGAGAUGAAGCGGGAAACAUGCUGGAUCCGGGCCGGACCAGCACCCUCAGCCUGUUUCAGGCCCACGAGACGGCAUCCCGCAGCGUGGACGACAGAAUACGGGAAGAGAAGACGAGACAGCAAAACAUGGAAAUGAGGCGGCAGACCCUGUUCGGCUCGGUGCAUACCUACAGCCUUCUCAUGAACCUGAAAAACUUUGUGUGCAACAUCGGGGAAGAUGCUGAGCUGCUGAUGUCGCUCUACGAUCCCGACCAGUCAGAAUUUAUCAGCGAGAACUUCCUGGUGCGCUGGGACAGUAUGGGAAUGCCUAAGGAAAUUGAAAAACUCAACAACCUGCCAGCCUUAUUCACGGACCUGAGCAGCAGUGAUCUGAUGAGGCAGCGUGUCUUCCUGGUAUGUCAGAUCAUCAGAGUGGGCUGCAUGGAGCUCAAAGAGGGCAAAAAGCAAACGUGUGGCUUGAGGAGGCCGUUCGGUGUGGCUGUGAUGGACAUAACAGAUAUCGCCCAUGGCAAAGUAGACGAUGAAGACAAACAGCAUUUCAUUCCAUUUCAGCAGAUAGCCAUGGAAACCUACAUCCGCCAGAGGCAGCUCAUCAUGUCUCCACUCAUCCCUUCCCGAGUCAUAGGAGAGAAUGAGCCGCUCACGGCUGUCUUUAACAAAGUCAUUGCCACGCGGGAGGUCAAUCAUAAAGGCCAGGGGCUGUUUGUGACCCUGAAGCUCCUCCCGGGAGACCUUGCUCAAGUCAGAAAGGACUUCCCCCACUUUGUAGACCGCGGCACGGCGAUUGUCAGGAAAAUGGGCUUCCCAGAAAUCAUCCUCCCAGGAAAUGUUAGGAAUGAUAUUUACGUAACCUUGCUUCAGGGAGAGUUUGACCGAGGUAAAAAGAAGACCCCGAAAAACGUAGAGGUUAUCCUGAGCGUGCAUGAUGAUGAAGGCAAUCCGAUGGAGAAAGCGAUAUUUCCUGGGGCCGGCUAUGACGGCAUAACGGAGUACAAGUCUGUCAUUUACUAUCAGGUGAAACAGCCUUGUUGGAAUGAAACGGUAAAGGUGACAAUUCCCAUUGAGGAUGUGUGCCGCUGCCACCUGAGGGUGAUGUUCCGACACAGAUCCUCCCAGGACUCCAGGGACAAAUCAGAGAAGCCCUUUGGCAUGGCGUACGUCAAGCUAAUGAGAGGAGACGGGACCACGCUGAGAGAUGGCAGGCAUGAGCUUAUCGUCUAUAAGGUUGAUGUGAAAAAGGCAGAGGAUGCAAAGGUUUAUCUCAAUCUGCCGGCUACCUGGACUGAAGUGGAGCAAACGGAGAAGCAAACCGGGAAGCAGUUUCACCAUUCAGGGGCUAUUCCAGUGACUAAAGACAGUUUCCAGCUCGCAACGCUCACUUGCUCCACUAAGCUCACUCAGAACGUGGAUCUGCUCGGCCUGUUAAACUGGAGGUCUAGUCCCAAGGAUCUUGACCAAAUUCUGCAAAGGCUCAUGGAAGUGGAAGGAGGAGAGAUUGUCAAAUUUCUCCAGGACACUCUUGAUGCUCUGUUCAACAUCAUGAUGGAGACUUCAGAAAAGGAUACCUAUGACACCUUGGUGUUUGAUGCCCUGGUAUUCAUAAUCACACUAAUUGGCGACAUCAAAUUCCAGCAUUUUAAUCCCGUCCUGGAAACGUACAUCAGCAAGCAUUUCAGUGCCACUUUGGCUUACAUGAAGCUAACCAAAGUGCUCAACAACUAUGUGGGCCAUCCGGAGGAGCCCACCCUGACAGAACGGCUCUACGCAGCACUCAAAGCUCUCAAGUACCUCUUUAGGUUUAUUGUACAGUCCAGAGUCCUCUCUUUCAGAUUUCCUGGGAAUGGUGAAGAUCCAGAUGCUUUCUUCAACUCCAUACGUGCGCUUUUUCUGUCUUUCAACACGCUUAUGGACAGACCUCUGGAUGAAGGAGUGAAGAUAAAGGGGGCAAUAUUGAAAUACCUCCCCAGCAUCAUUAAUGACAUCCAGACUGUGUUUGAUCCCGUGGAGCUCAGCGUUCUCCUUGCAAAGUUCAUUGAGAGCAUCCCUGACCUUCAGUUCGUGCGUCAGAAACUGGGCUGCAUGUGUAAAAUUAUUGAGAGUGACCUUUUCACGCAACCAGAAUGUCGAGAUGUGCUCCUGCCUCUUGUCAAUGACCAGUUAAGCGGGCAGCUGGACGACCACUCGAGUAAACCGGACUAUGAGGCCUGUGUCCAACUGCUCAGCACCGUGUUGGACACCCUGGACCGAAAAGAUGUGGGUCCGACCAGAGCCCACAUCCAGCUGAUAAUGGAGCGACUCCUUCGCAGGGUUAACCGGACCGUCAUCUGCAUGGACAGGUCCUCCCCCCUCAUUGGCCACUAUCUUGCCUGCAUGACGGCCAUCCUGAAGCAAAUGGAUGACAUGCAUUACACCCACUACAUCAGCACCUUCAAAACGAGACAGGAUAUCAUUGACUUCCUGAUGGAGACAUUCAUUAUGUUUAAGGACCUCAUGGGAAAUGUCUUCCCUGCUGACUGGAUGGUGAUGAACCUGGUGCAGAUGCAGGUCUUCCUGAGGGCCAUCAACCAGUAUUCGGACGUACUCAACAAGUUUUUCCUGGACCAGGCACACUUUGAACUGCAGCUGUGGAAUAAUUACUUUCAUUUGACCGUGGCAUUCCUCACUCACAAGACGCUGCAGCUGGAAUCUUUCUCCCAGGAAAAACGAAAUAAGAUCCUGAACAAAUAUGGAGACAUGAGGAAGACCAUGGGAUUCAGAAUCCGAGACAUGUGGUACAACCUCGGCCCCCACAAAAUGAAGUUUAUCCCCUCCAUGGUCGGCCCCAUUCUGGAGGUCACGCUGGUGCCAGAGCCAGAGCUCAGGAAGGAUACCAUUCCUAUCUUCUUCGAUAUGAUGCAGUGUGAGCACAACUUCAGCUCAGCGCGUUCUUUCGAAAAGUUUGAGAAUGAACUCAUAACAAAACUGGAUCAAGAAGUAGAAGGAGGCCGUGGAGAUGAACAGUACAAAGUCCUUUUGGAGAAAAUCUUGUUGGAGCACUGCAGACGCCACAGAUACCUGUCCCAGUCCGGAGAAGAGCUGGCUCUGCUGCUGAGCAGCCUGCUGGAGAAUCUCCUGGCGUACCGCACCAUCACACAUGAUGAAAGUCCCGAGCACCGCAUGAGUUGCACUGUCAAUGUGCUGAAUUUCUACAAAGAAAAGAAGAGAGAGGACAUUUAUAUCCGCUAUCUGUACAAGCUGCGAGAUUUGCAUCUGGACUGCGAAAACUACACGGAGGCUGCAUACACUCUGCUGCUACAUGCUGAAUUAUUAGAGUGGUCAGAGAAACCUUGCGCACCUCAUCUGAUACCUCGAGACGGAGAGCCCGUGUGGACCCAACAGGAGCUAAAAGAGAGGCUCUUCCAGGAGAUUAUAUGCUACUUGGACAAGGGCAAGAUGUGGGAGAAGGCCAUUGAGCUGGGCAAGCAGCUGGCCAAGAUGCACGAGAGCCAAAUGUUCGACUUCAUGGAGCUGAGCGGGCUGCUGAAUGAGCAAGCCAAGUUCUAUGAGAAAAUAAUGCACGCAAUGCGGCCACAGCCGGAGUACUUUGCUGUCGGUUAUUACGGCCUUGGAUUCCCUUCUUUCCUCAGGAACAAAAUGUUCAUCUAUCGAGGCAAAGAGUAUGAGUGGCUGGAAGAUUUCAGUUUAAAGCUGCUCUCUCAGUUCCCAAAUGCAGCCCGGAUGACGAGCACAGCGCCCCCUGGAGACGACAUCUGUAACUCACCUGGGCAGCACAUCCAGUCCUUCACUGUGAAGCCAGUUCUCACAGUGCCACAGCGGUUUAAAGACAAAGGGGUUCCAGAGCAGAUAUUAAACUAUUAUAGAUACAAUGAAGUGGACAAGUUCCAGUACUCCAGGCCCUUUAGGAAAGGCGAAAAGGAUCCGGACAACGAGUUUGCUACCAUGUGGAUUGAGAGAACCACUUACAUCUCUGCCUACCGCUUCCCUGGGAUUCUCAAGUGGUUUGAAGUUAAAUCCGUCUCAGUGGAGGAGAUCAGUCCAUUGAUGAAUGCCAUAGAAACAAUGGAGAUGGCCAAUGAGAAGCUGAGCAACCUGGUGCAGCAGCAGGCCUGCGACCGGUCGCUGUCCGUCAACCCGCUGUCCAUGAUGCUGAGCGGCAUUGUUGACCCGGCCGUCAUGGGCGGCUUCUCCAACUACGAGAAGGCCUUCUUCACCGACGCCUACAUCCAACAGCACCCGGGUGACCACGAACGCAUCGAGGUCCUUAAACAGCUCAUCGCCCUGCAGAUCCCUCUCCUGGAGGAUGGGAUACGCAUCCACGGGGAGAAGACGUCGGAGCAGCUCAAGCCCUUACACAACCGUAUAGUCACUUGCUUCCAAGAUCUUCGGGAGAAAGUGGAGAAGCUUUAUGGCGUCAUAACCUUGCCCUGCUCCCUGACCGAGAAGAAGAAGAGUCGCGUGGGCUCCGUCGUCAUGCCCUACAUCAUGUCUUCCACCCUGCGCCGCAUGUCCACCGCGUCCACCUUGUCCAGCACCUCCUCGGGUCUCUCCAGCUGGUCUGCGUCCUCGGACGGGCACCCCUCCCAUGAGGUCUCUGUUCUGUCCCGCUCCGAGGAAGACAACAGGAUCGCUCGGAAGAACAGGAAGGAGUGGAGCGUGAGCAAAUCCCAGGUCCUGCUGGAGAAGCAGUCAGACAGCGAUGAGGUUUCCCCUGACAAGCAGCAGAGACCCAAAAGUUUACAACUAGGUGACAGACGGCUCACCCUCUCCCUAUUCCAGGGCGUUUCAUCCCAGCUCAGCCUGUCUAACCAACUCAGCCCGCUUCCCGCCUCCCCGCACACUCCAAACACUCCGCGCAGCUCCAGUUAUUCAUCACUCCUCAGCGACAAUGAUGUCAAUACUAUCGACACCCCAGGGACUCCCCCACCCAUGCCUCCGAAGAAACAUCCGCACGAGAUUGACAACCAUGCCAUCUCUUCAGAGUUCGGCCCCCCGUUACCCGCGAAAAUUGAGAACAAGCCCCCCCCACCUCCUCCGAAGACUCGAAAAUCAAUGUUCCCCUCAUAGGAGAGCAGCACCCCCCCCCCCCCCCCCAAAAGGCAGACCCUCCGCACCUGCGUCAGAGUUUCACCAAUCCUCUGAUUUGACCGUGAUGAAAGCAAAGUCUGGUUUUAGGCGUCAUGGAAACGCCACAGUGGGGUACAGAGAGCAGGGAUGGGGGGGGGGGGGGGGGGGGGGGGUAGCAGGGCUUUCUUCUUUCCACUUCCUGCAACAGUAAUUUGUUUCUUUCAGGUCUUUUUUUUUGUUUCCAAGUUGUCCUCUGUUCUUAAAUUUGGACGAUUACUGUAGCGAUAAGCGGAUAGGAAGGGCAUGGCAUCAAAUAGCAGAGCUGGAUGCAGGAUUUGGGACAUAUUUAAGGUACAGUCUUAAGAUUCUGUGGACUUAUUGAGGUAAUGAAGACUCAUCCUUUAGAGAUGGGUCACUGCAGUGCAUUUUAUUUUUAAUCAGUCGCAAACAAAAGAAGCGAGCAGUGGUACGACGUCGUGCUUUUAUUUUAUUUUCGUGUAUGGAACGACACUGGAUGACUCACUUUGCCUCCAGCUGUUUGACAGCAUUCCCUAUACAGUCGGAGACAAAAGCUGCGCCGGAUAAAUGACAGACUUGAUCAAGACGCAGGGAUUACCGUGUACAGAAGGUAACUGUUGGGUUGAUUUGUAGUUGCGUUGUGUCUGUUGAUUGUGUUUCGUUCAUUUUGUAUAAGCACAACCUUUUUUUCCCAACCCGUCAUGUUUUCAGAGACACUGGAUGGCAUUAUUGAAUGUGCUGCGGAUGCUGCAUUUGUUGUCGUUGUUGCUCAUAAUGAACCCAGUGCUUUACCUGCUUCCAGGACUACACUACACUGCACUGGUGGUGGCGUUUGGUGGGACGUGUUGCCAUAUUUGAUAGCGCUGUCAAAUCUGCAUUAAAUAUAUAGCCAGAGCCAAAAA